AUAUGACUUUUUUAGAUACAAAUCAUGGAGUUGUUAUGCUGGUGAUGUCAUGUCUUUGAUGAUAUUUACAAAGAAUGAAAGAGCUUGUAAUCAUUCAGUAACCACUUUAUAUGUCAAAGUCUCAGAUGAAAAAAUGAAGAAUGCCGACACGUGACAGACGCUUCAGACACCCUAAAAAAAGCCUUUCGAGAAUGUCAACGCAUGAUGCUGAAGCGAAAGCUGUCAACCUUCCACCCAAAAUAUCUACGCAAGUGCAACAUAAGGUCAUGGGAUCAGCGCAAUCAGGACUAGUGGUAGCUGCAUUGAGGAGUUUUACCUUUGCUUGUCAGCCAUACUUGAACUUUCUGGAAUCCACCUCCAGAACCAAGAAGCUGCCCUCUGAAAUGGAAGCGACUGAAAAUCUACAGGAAGUCACCCAUGGGAGUGCAAAGAAUCCCUACACAACCAGCCCACCCACAACCGUACAGCUGAUGAAGUUCUCUCAGCAGAUGUCUGACACAUUGGAACAUCUGGUGCUGACAUUCGCUGACAAAAAUCUCAUCACUUUAGAUGAGUCAGAGCCUGACAACAUGUCUCACUUCUGCGUCGGCCACAUCCAGCUGGAGCGACCGAAGCUGAGCGUGACUGCAUUCCGCUAUUGCAAGCCCACACCUUACCUGGCAAGGGUGAACACCAGCGUGUUCAAGCGCAUGCGCUGGAAUGUAAGAGGACUUGAUGGAGCAAAAAACAAAGAUGGCAAACCAGUCACAGAAUAUUACUACCUGUGCUAUGAGGAUAUUCCCAAAGUGCACAAGGACGGUGACAAAUCAGAUUCUGCAGUGAUGCGGAUGUGGUCCAUUGGUCGGUGGGUGCAGGUGAAGCCUGACCCCAAAACAGAAGACUUCUUUGACUGUCACGCGUUGCCUUCAGGGUGCUGUGUGAGGUUCCAGAAGGUGCCUUCCAGAAGCUUCUGAUCAUGGGCAGUCAAGAGCCACCAAGCUGCAAAGCCACAGACCGCCUGCUGCAGCUUCUGUCAAUGCCAGUCAAAGCAGUCAAGAGCUCCUCAGGCGCCCUCAGGACACAAAACUGAUAGAAGUAAGAUUUGAACUGGAGGCUUUAAUUAAUCAGGUUAAAUGCGAAUAAACAAUCUCAAACAUAAGCGGAGUUUGACUUUUGGGGCACAGGGGGUGGGGCAUAACAUGUUGACCCCGAAAUGCAAUGUCAGCAAUAAAAAUUAAUUUAUAGGAAUAUUUAUAAUAAGUUGGACAUUAGUGUUUUUGUUGUUGUUUGAAUUCUAAAUCAGGCUGCUCACAACAGCUAUAAUUUUCGCCAAGAUCAUCAUCCAUUGAUUAUGCCACACCUGCUGGUGGUAGCUCUGUUGUACAAUUAGCAUCUUUAGUGGGCAAAUUGAAACUCCGCUCACCAUUUUUGUGAUGCUCUCUGGCGUUUCAUGGUCCACAUUUUCAAUCCUUGGUUCUUGCUCAGUAGUUGUUGCUUUUGAAAGCUUAGUUUUGAAAACAUUACAUAUAUCCAUCUUGCUUCUUCGGUCCUCAGGUGGUUUUUGCUAAGCAAAGUAAAUGACCGUCUAAGGUGCUCGUCACAUGAUUUGUUUGAAAAAUAAUUUGUCCAGUUAUACAUUUUUUUGUUAAUUUCAUACAUUUUUGUUGUUUUAUUGCUUUACAACUUUUACAGACAAUAUUUUACCGGCAAAGUCUGAAUUUUAAAAUCAUAGUAGGGGUGUAACGGUACACAAAAAUCUCGGUUCGGUACGUACCUCGGUUUUGAGGUCAUGGUUCGGUUCAUUUUCGGUACAGUAAGAAAACAAAAUGCAAAAUAUAAAUGUGCUAGUUGUUUAUUACACACCUUUGUGCUUUCAACAAUAGGGACAUUAGCCUAUACAAAGCUAGAAUUUUGUUAAAAAAGUAGCGGGUAUUUAAAGAUAAUCCAACAACAAAGAAAGAAAGAAGAAAAAAGAAGUCCUGUGCUAAAGAGAAAAGCAAUCCCAAUGACAAAGAUUUUAACAUGUAUUUUACAAAUGAAAUGCCUCAAUCAUUUUUUCUUGUGAACGGUUUUCAAAAGCUUUAUUGGUGGAUUUUCUCAAGUUAAAGCGCCACACAGAAAUGAAUAAAUUUAAUUGUGUAAGCAGGAUCUGUGUAUUAUUAUUUAAUUACAGGUGUUUUAGCUCAUUUUAUUUUAUUAUGUGUUUAUAUUUUACAAAUGUGAUGUAGUAUUCGUUUAUAUUGUAUAUUUUAUGUUGUAUAACUUUAGUUUCUAAGUGACUAUUAGUUCCUACUUGUUUUGUUGUGGUAGGAGGGUUUUGUAUUGAACACGGGGCCGUGUUGGUCAUUAUUAUAGCAGAGAAGACAGCAGUAAAUCAACAAAGACAAGUCAACUGUGCCCCGAUCUACCACUCAGGAGAUCUGAUUGAUUCAAAAAGUGGGUUAUGAUUCCAUAUUAGUUAGAAAAUUGACCGGAUCCACCGUAUUUUUUGCACGAGUGACUUCCGGUCUGCCCGAUCCUAGCUACCGGUAGUAGUAUUGACGCAGGAGGGUCGCGUCUCGCGUCAAAUAAUAAACUCUGCCGUUCUUUUCGCGUGCGUCGUGUUGAGCCGCUUCUGGGACGCGUCUGACACGCGGCCGCACUGCGACUGGUGUGCCUUGGCCAAUUUACUUUAUCGCCCGCGUUUCACUGCCUUCUCGCGGCGGCCACGUUGUUGCGCUGUUGACGUUUCUGGGUUAUACUGUCCUACUGUGUUGGACCUCAUUAUAGUGGAGAAGACUGAGUAAAUAUAAUAUACUCAAAGAAACUGUAACCCGAUCGACUCACAGCCUCGAAAAGGGUUACAUUACGUCAGAAACUCGUUCGGUACGCCUCCGUUCCGAACCGAGCACCACGUACCGAAACUGUUCAAUACAAAUACAUGUACCGUUACACCAAGUCAUUGACAUGCAAUGACACUUUUCGGCCACCAGGGCGGGGGGUUUAAGUUUUCAAACGCCCUAGGAAUCAGAAUAUAUGUAAAAUUUCUCAAGCCUUUACAACUCAUGUUGCCAUUGACAAUCCAUUUUGACUAUUCGCUGCCGUCUAAAUGAAUUUGAUGUCUAGUGCUGUAAGUGGUAGCAAUGAGUUGGGGGGUGGGCUUGGCAAAACACAGCACACUCACAAAAAUAAAAAUCAACUUUUAAGACUGUAACCAAGGUAUAUUUUCAUUUAUCAAAUACAAUGUUUUAAUACAAAAACAUUUUUAAACCAAUUUAUAAUUCUAUUCAAAAACAUUUUUAAUUACCAAAGUUAGUUGCUGUAUAAAAAGGUUUAUCCAUGCAACUGGUCAUAUUUGCGGUAUGUCACUGUUGGUGGCUGAUGAAUUUUGAGGUUUUUAAAAGACGCACAAUUUAGAAGGGUGAUGUGUCAAAUGAUUCUUCUUCUACAAGUACUGUUAACAAAUAUGCCUAAUUACUCUUUAUCCUUUGUAUCUUGAUGUAGGAAUUGAAUUUGUUCAAUGACAGCUUCUGAAUUUGCAGAUGUCUGAUUGCAAUAUAAUGAUAAGUGAAUGUUGUGUUGUUCUUGGCCAUCACCUGGAGAGGGAGAGAGCAAAAUCACGGAUGACCAACUAGCAAAACUACUAAAUAACCCAUUAAAAGCAAUCACUAUGAAAAAUUUCUUAAAAAGUUACAGACUUUUCAUUUACGUAAGUUUUAUUUACAUAAACCCCUGCCUUUAAAUUACAAUCACAGAUUUCUGGCCUUGGGAAAUAAAGAAAAAAAAAAAACAAAAACAAAACAACACAGCAGCCCAAUGCGCUUCACUUGGAACAUUGCAUUUAAACAUUUACAACACAUGAUACUUGUUUCAGUCAAUAAAUUAAAAGCUCACAGUGAGGGCAAAAAAAAAAAAAAAAAAAAUCCAGUGUGGCAAUUCCAUUUUGUAACCACAAAAAAGGCAAUUUACCAGAAGCGACAAACAAUACUCAUAAGAUUACAUUUCAGAAUACAUUUAGGACUCCUCUAUAAUCAAAAUAGAAAACCAAGAACUUUCCCUCAAAUAAAGUGAUAUGCAAAGAACAGCUCUGAUAUGCAUACAUUUCAAACAAACAAGUAUAACUUAUCUGCAACAGCAACUGUACUAUAAACCCAUUUUCUGACUACUGUUGCGACGAUUCAAUCAUAUGGAAGGUUUAAAAAAAAAAAAAAAAAAAGACCUGCAACAUUCAGCCCGACGAUGACAUAGCACAGCAAGGCCCAACAAGCCAUAGCAGUUUAAAAAAACAGGUACAAAGUUGUAAGAAAAGGAAUGUAGUUAUUUUAAACAAUAUUGCAUAUUUUUCUUGUCUAUUCGAGCCCAUUUCACUACCGCCAAAUUUCAACUUUAAUAAAAAAAUAAAACUGACUUGCGCACCCUUUACCAUAGGAAAAAAAAUAUUUUAAUUCACAUUUUUAUUAACUGAAUGCUAAGAUUCCUAAAUUUACCUUAUGUGUGGGGGGAACGAGAAACUGAAAGUUCCCCGUUAGCCUGUAGAGGGAGCCAGUUCAUUUUAAACUUGUUUAAAAAGAGACUUCGGAUCACAGUGGCACCUCGACAUACAAUCGCUUUGACACAUGAUCUUUUCGACAUCAGACGUAAAAUUUGAGUUGCCAUUUGUUUCUACAUCUGACGACAUAUAUGUCAGCGCCGCAGUUUGUUUUGCCGGAAGACUGAUGCACGGCAGAUUUUCUUAUGAGAGGAAAACACUGGUUCCAAGGUUAGUGCAGGUGGUGAAAAAGGAAAAAGUUGACGCUUACCAUUUAACACUAGAAGUCCCAGAGAAUUCUUGUACUCCUAAUAGUCCUAAGCAAUGGCCGAUUUGGCCUCUACCCCGGAAAAACCCAGAGGUGGCGAAAAUGGCCCAAGGGCUUUUGAAUUGGCAAGUCAUUGUCCGACAGACAAGAGCCAUUCAUAUAUGGAAAUAUUAGGAGUAUUUGUCUUGGGGAAAGCCCGAUUUGGCCUUUGCUGGGUUUUCUACUGUUAAAUGAAGAUGGAAAUCACAGAAAAAUAUGGGCGUGGUGUGCGCAUCCGUGAACGUCGAUCUUGAUGGUCCACCUCCGACCUCUGUUUGCCAGUCUUUAUAAGUCGUCUAUUAUUGUGGUAACAUUGCCAGAGAAAUCGCCAGCAUAGUCAUGUUUCUAAUCAUUUAUUCCAUAAACUUGUGCAACACAACAUGCCUACUGUCCGCAGCAGUUGACGCAACAAAACAUUAAAAGAGAAAGUAAAAUCUCGACCGCACCGGCUUAAGUCAGCCACGUGGUGCGUUCAGGUAUAGCACGCAAAAUGUACACCACAUUAGAACCAGAUUCGUUACAUUAUUACAGGAAUUAUUAUAAUAUUCCAAUUUUUUAUGAAUUUGUUUUUUUUACUAUGUGUAAUUACCAUAUUUAAUAGUUCCAGCAGUAUUUAUUAUGAAUUUAGUGUAGGUUUUCGGGCUGUGGAACGAAAUAAUGGAAUUAUAAUGCAAUCUUAUGGGAAAAUCCUGCUCGACAUAGGACCAUUACGACUUACAAUACAAACAAGGUCCUGGAACAAAUUAACUUUGUAUGUAGAGGUACCACUGUACAUUUACAUGUUACAGAACUGACCUAGUCAUUGGCUGCCAUUUGAACUGGAACAGCUGGCAGCGAAUGAACAGUGUCUGAAAUGGUCUGCCAACCCUCCGAGUUCUAACAGAUUGGACAUCUACUGGUGACCAACUAAUUCAAAUUCACAGCGGAAGGAUGAAAAGAGCUACAUGAUUGGACUUCUCGUCAUCAAUGGCACUGAAAGUUAACUCAGCCGUUCCAAUCAAUUGGAUGUAUCUUAGUCAUUGGUAACCAAUGAAUUAUGCUGUAUCUUGCAAUAAAAAUAUACAAACAGCUCUAUAUAUAUAUACAGUAUAUUGGGCACAAAUUAACUUUAGUAAAUAAAUGUCGGACUGAAAUGCGAGCUUCUUACUGACCUUUGGUGGACAAAAUGUUUUUUUUU